UAAACGAAUCGUUUAGUAUAUAAUACUGCCGUUCACUGUAAACGCCAUUCCUAUGAAUGACUUCGCCGUUUUUCAUAGUGUUGUGAGGUUGAUUAAAAAUGGGACAAAAUCAAUCUGGUAGUGGAGGUACAGGUGGAGACAAGAAAGAUGAUAAAGAUAAAAAGAAGAAAUAUGAACCACCUAUACCUACAAGAGUAGGAAAAAAGAAGAGACGUACUAAAGGUCCAGAUGCAGCUUUAAAAUUACCUCAAGUAACACCUCAUACGCGUUGUAGAUUGAAACUUUUAAAGCUUGAACGUAUAAAAGAUUAUUUGCUUAUGGAAGAAGAAUUUAUUAGGAAUCAAGAACGCCUAAAGCCACAGGAAGAGAAAAAUGAAGAAGAAAGGUCAAAAGUAGAUGAUCUUCGUGGAACACCAAUGUCCGUUGGAACAUUAGAAGAAAUCAUCGAUGAUAACCAUGCUAUAGUUUCUACUUCUGUUGGAUCGGAACACUAUGUAUCAAUUUUAUCAUUUGUUGAUAAAGAUCAGUUAGAACCUGGUUGUUCUGUAUUAUUGAAUCAUAAAGUUCAUGCUGUAGUAGGGGUAUUAGGUGAUGACACAGAUCCUAUGGUUACAGUAAUGAAAUUAGAAAAAGCACCGCAAGAAACAUAUGCAGAUAUUGGAGGACUUGAUACCCAAAUUCAAGAAAUUAAAGAAUCUGUAGAAUUGCCGUUAACUCAUCCAGAAUAUUAUGAAGAGAUGGGUAUUAAACCACCUAAAGGAGUUAUACUCUAUGGACCACCUGGGACGGGUAAAACACUUCUGGCAAAGGCUGUAGCUAAUCAAACAUCUGCAACUUUUCUUAGAGUUGUUGGUUCUGAACUGAUACAAAAAUAUUUGGGAGAUGGUCCCAAACUUGUAAGAGAAUUAUUUAGAGUUGCAGAGGAACAUGCUCCAUCCAUAGUUUUUAUAGAUGAAAUUGAUGCAGUAGGAACAAAAAGAUAUGAUAGUAAUAGUGGUGGGGAAAGAGAAAUUCAGAGGACUAUGUUAGAACUCUUAAAUCAACUUGAUGGUUUCGAUAGUAGGGGGGAUGUAAAAGUUGUUAUGGCUACCAAUAGAAUAGAGACAUUAGAUCCAGCAUUGAUAAGACCAGGACGUAUUGAUAGAAAAAUAGAAUUUCCGCUACCAGAUGAAAAAACUAAAAGAAGGAUUUUCAGUAUUCAUACUAGUAGAAUGACCUUAGCACCAGACGUAAAUUUAGCAGAAUUAAUCAUGGCAAAGGAUGAUUUAUCUGGUGCCGAUAUAAAGGCUAUAUGUACUGAAGCUGGUUUAAUGGCAUUACGUGAACGCCGUAUGAAAGUUACGAGUGAUGAUUUCAAAAAAUCUAAAGAAAGUGUUCUGUAUCGUAAAAAGGAAGGUUCACCCGAAGGAUUAUAUUUAUAAAAAAGAAAUUAUUUACACA